CGCUGAACCCCCGAAAUUCGUUCUUUAUUUCAUAUUCUGUCACCGCGUAAACUCCCUUUUUAUCUGGCUUUUGUUCUCUCUUCCAAACAAUUCUAGAGAGAGAAAGUAGUAUUAUUCUGCAAUCAUCAUGUUGGUUUACCAGGAUCUCCUAACCGGUGAUGAGCUUCUAUCUGACUCGUUCCCGUACAAGGAAAUUGAGAAUGGGAUACUGUGGGAAGUGGAAGGGAAGUGGGUUGUCCAAGGAGCAGUUGACGUAGAUAUUGGGGCUAACCCUUCUGCAGAAGGUGGAGGAGAAGAUGAGGGUGUCGACGACCAGGCUGUUAAGGUCGUUGAUAUUGUUGAUACAUUCAGACUUCAGGAGCAACCUCCUUUUGACAAGAAGCAGUUUGUUGCAUACGUUAAGAAGUACAUUAAGCAGCUAACACCUAAGUUGGAACCAGAGCAGCAAGAGUUGUUCAUGAAGUCCAUCCAGGGGGCAACUAAGUUCCUUCUCUCGAAGCUCAGUGACCUCCAAUUUUUUGUUGGGGAGAGCAUGCAUGAUGACAGCACCAUGGUGUUUGCAUAUUACAAGGACGGUGCGGCCGAUCCAACCUUUCUGUAUUUUGCACAUGGGUUAAAGGAGGUCAAGUGUUAGAGGAUUUUGGUCGGUCUAGCUCUAAGAUGGAGGCACUUGUUGUGAUCUAUAUGGUUAAAUUAUCUUGUUUCUUUUACCAUUGGUAAACAUGAGGUUCUACAUUGUUUUUUUUUUUUUUUUUGAGUCUUGGAUUGAGAUGUUGCUUUUGGUAAAAUAUGCUUCCAUGUUGACAUGGAUAUAUACUACCUAAUAAUACGUUUCACUGUGUUUGAGGAUAA